GACCGCGAUGCCUCGCUCAUACCCCCUCACUGACAAGCCCGCCCCGCCGUUGUCUCUUCCAGAUGCCAAUGGCCAGACGUACACCCUCAAUUCUGAGAACGUCGGACGCCCUGUAAUCAUCUUCUUCUACCCAAAAUCUGGGUCGUAUGGGUGCACUAAGGAGGCAUGCGAAUUUCGCGACGCCUUGAUUGAAAGGGAGUCUUUCAAGACGACGAAAGCACAAAUCAUUGGUAUCAGCUCAGACCCUGUCGAGAAGCAGAAGGAAUUCGUCGAGAAACACAAGCUAACGUAUCCGGUGCUCAGCGACUCGAAUGGGGAGGCAAGACAGACAUAUCACAUAGGCAAAGGCCUGCUUGGCCUUGUCGAUGCCCGAGUGACGAUCGUGAUAGAUGCCAAGGGCAUCGUACGGGACUCACUUGAAGCCACGAUGAAUUACGGUGCACACGUCAAGUUCGUCACUAAAUGGCUCGAGAAGCUCGAGGCCGAGGAAAAGCGGGCUUCUGCACCCCCGCCUACCGAACCUGGUCUUAUCACUGAACCAGCCCUCGCAACUGAGCCCGACCCGGAAACGGCACCCCCAAGCACUGGUCAAGCUCACGCGCUGAUAAUGCCGACAGGUCCUGAGAAUGAGCAUGAGAGCUCUGACGUGGCCCCUGCUGCAACAGGGGUAACGCAAAGCGUGACGAGCUAGGCAGGGCUGUCUAAGCUGUGUGCAAUCUUAAUGCGAUGAGCUCAGGUUGAUAUCGAGAGAUAAUCUGUAUAGCAUGCAUGUCCUGGGUUUCUAAUGGACACCACUUACCAACAAUUGCAC